AUGGCGCGAGCAAGCGCACGGUUUGCGCGGGCGCUGAUGGUUCCAGGAAAGGACGAGCGAGGAGUGGCAGAGUCCGUCAUGGAGGAGGAAGAAGAGGAGAAGGAAGAAGAGACGGAGGACAAGGACGAAGAGGAGACGGAAGAGGGCGAAAUGGAGGAGGAGGAGGAGGAUUGGGCUAUUGGCGAAUUGACUCUAGAACUCGACGACGGAAACCUUCCGGAGAGAAUGUCCCUUCCUGAUCGUCGGCUCCAAUUCAGGCUCGAGGAAGAGAGGAUGGAGGAGGAGGAAGGAGGAGGAGUGAGCCGUACGUUUGAGAUAUUCUACGAGGAGGAGAAAGGCGAGCUAGUCAACUUGGUGUCGGCAUUGGAAGGCACGAUAGACUUCAUGGACGGAGAUGGCGCUCUUGACCCGAAGAUGUUCUCUGCGAUGAAAAGGCUCCUAUACUUUGAGGUCAUCGUCGUCCAAGUAGUUGUCAAGGAGGCAGGACGGAUUUGCCUCCUGCUUAAAUUCCACCCCAGCGUCAUCGACAGGACAGCAGUCUCCUCAGACACCCUCAGCAGCCUGUACCCGGCUCUGAGGCACGCCGACGCCUUGGCCGUUCUCUUCACGUGGUUCGCUCCAUUCCUCGUGGACCGGAGCGGCCCGAAGGUUCAAGACUCAACGUUCGAUCUUGAUCGGGUGUACGAGGCCAUGAAGCACAAAGACUUCAGCAGCAGGAGGCAGCAGAGCGACGUCCUUCAUCCCUUGCUCCGCCCGUAUCAGUUGCGAGCUGUCUCUUGGAUGGAGGAGCGCGAGAAACCUGUCGAAGAAAGGGAGCCGCUGCUGCAUCCUGCCCUCAAGUGCUGUCGCAUCGGGAGGAGGAAACGCAGCCUCUUCUACUGCGAGUGGACUGGACACCUUGCGACGCGGCCGACGCAUCUCGUCGACGAUCUGAGGGGAGGUGUGCUGUGCGAUGAGAUGGGCCUCGGGAAGACUGUGGAGCUGCUCGAGCUCAUCGCCUCCUCGCACAAAGCCGUUGACUAUGGCGACGAUGAAGAUUUCGAGCUCGGGAAGAGGAAGAGAAGCGAGCCAGACCCGCUCACGGUCGACGAUUUGACCUCCAAGCGGUUCAAAGUGGUGGUGGGUAACUUUCCUGGGAACUUCAUCGUCCCUGGGGGACUCUGUGUGGGGUCGGAGGUCCUGGUCAUGGACAAGAGGAUGUGGAAGAGAGCGAGGGUGCAUGGCGUGAGGUUGUCAGGAGGAGAGCAGCAGAUAGAGGAGAUGCUGGUGGAGGUGGAGGGAAGGACGGCUCUGGAUUCAAGGAUCUAUUGGAUGCCAGUGGGGAAGAACACCGUCAGAUCCAUGACGAGCAAAGAUCCUGGUGCUCGUGACAAGAAAGUGUAUCAUGCUGCUGGACUCUUUGGUCAGUGCGAAGGAAGGUACUGGAGAGUCGGAGGGCAGGAGGAGGAGGAGACGGAAGCAAUGGAAACGGUCUCUGCCACGCUCAUCGUCUGUCCGAUGCCUAUCCUCCACCAGUGGAUCUCGGAGAUUGAGCGGCACCUUCCUCCCAACAAGCUUCGCAUCUACGUCUACAACGGGCUCAAGGAUGGUGGAGACGCAGAAGAGAUCAUGAAGGCCAUCCUUGCUUCAGACCUCGUCCUCACCACCUACGAGGUUCUGCGCACUGACAUCUACUACAAGAGCGAUCAGAGUCGCCUGCUCCGUAAUGAGAAGAAGUACAAGGUGAGCAAGAGCCCUCUCCUCCGCGUCGAGUGGUGGCGAGUCUGCCUCGACGAGGCGCAGAUGGUUGAGUCAAGGACUGCCAACACCUCGCAGAUGGCCGCCCUCUUGCGAUCGCAGAGGAGGUGGUGCGUUACCGGCACCCCCAUCCAGCGAGGCCUGGAGGAUCUGCACGGUCUUGCAGUCUUCCUCGAUGCCGGACCCUUCGAUCAGCGACCCUUCUGGCUCAACUGCGUGCAGAUGCCCUACAUGGCCGGGCUGGAGAGAGCCCGGGCCCGCCUCGAUGCGUGGGUCCACCGGCUGAUGUGGAGGUCGCAGAAGAAGGACGUGCUGGAUGAGAUCAAGUUGCCCGAGCAGAAGACGGUAGAAGUGAAGCUCAACUUCUCGCCCAUCGAGUAUCAGUUCUACCGCAGGCAGCACACCUACGUGUCUGAGGCGGCCAAAUCCGUCCUGUCCUCUUGCCGAAAGCUCGGGGUGAGGUCGUUGGACAGCAAUGCGUCCCGGAGGUUCUUGAAUCAGCUUCUCAAGCUUCGACAGGCUUGUAGUCACCCUCAGGUGGGAGGGUCGGGGAUCCACAACGUGCACAAGAAGGUGCUGACCAUGGAGGAGAUCCUGGAGCAGCUGAUCGACAGGGCGCGGAUCGAGUGUGAGGAUGCUCAGCGGUGUGUGAUCGCAGCGGAGAACGGGCUUGCUGCCAUGGCGCUGAUCAACGAGGAGAAGCAAGUGGCAGCGAGGCACUACAGGAACGCUCUGCGCGCCGUGGAGGAAGGGAUAGGAAAGGGCAUCAAGACGGACUCGCUCCAACAGCUGCACACCGUCUUUAACCUCGCGGAGAUCUCCCGGGGGGUCGACCCGGACGUGUCGAAGCUAGAGGAGCAGGCCAAGUCGAUCAGGGAGGGAUACUGUGCGGCGCAGCGUGUGAACGUGACAGAGCAUCUGCAUCGCUUCACCGCGUGCUCGAAGGAGGUGGAGGCGAAGCUGGAGGAAGUGGGAAGGUGCUGGUUCAUCCCUGCCAUCACCCUGCUGCAGAACUCCCCGAAAGGAGGGAAGCUGCUAGACGACAUACACACCGUGCUGUCGGAGGGCCGCCAGUACUAUCGGACCGGAAUGCACGCGACCAGGGAGGAGAGCAUGGUCGGCCGCUUCACCUCGCUGGACGGCCUGAAACUCCUGCUGGACCGAGCAGAGGAGAGGCUCCUGGCUGCCCGUCAGACCUUGAUCGACGGCCUCCACAGGCUGUCAAAAGAGCCGACGGAGCGAGAUGUCGAGCUGUGCGGCAAUUGCGGCGACUGUAAGGCGAAUUUCCGCAAGGUCGGGCCACGAUGCCCCCACUGCCUGCUGUCGGACGAGAUGGACCGCUACAAGAAUCGGCUCUUCUACCACAUGGCGGAGAGAACUUACGAGCGGAACAGGAGGGAGGGGCAGCGGGCCUUGGCCUACUGGGAGGAGCAGCUGGAGCAGGGAGAGGGAGCAGGAGGCGUUCGCCGCGGCUACGACCUGCUUGCUGAGUCGUCGGAGAGGAAGGCGUCGGAGUUCGAGCUGGUGAUCCGGACCAUCGAGAAGCACCUCAAAGGCCACCCAUCGCUGCUGGAGAAAGCCAAGGCUCACAUCCAGCUGUGGGACAGCCUGAAGAAGGAGUUUGACAGGGGGGGGCAGCUGUGGAAGGCGCAGAGGGAGCGGCUGGAAAAGCUGGACGAGCUGGAGAUGGCCACGAUGCGUAUCAGGACCCGGUAUGAAGGAGAGGAGGUGGAGGCUGAGGAGGAGCUGUACAAGAUUCUGCCAAGCCACGUGGAGGAGAGGACGAGACAGCUGGACUUCGAGCUGUCCGACGCCAAGGGGAGGCUGCAGUACGCGUGCGGGCAGCACAGCUACCUGAAGAACUUGGACCACCUGCAGAAGUCUGUGAAGGAGGAGGAGCAGGAGGACGGAGAGCCGCUCUUUGAGUGCCCCAUCUGCCAUGAGGACGCCAGACGAAUCGGGACGCUCCUGAGCAGGAAGACGGGGACGAGGCAGCGAUGUCCGAUAUGCAGGAUGGUGUUUCCGAGCGGGGACUUGGCGUACGUGGUGGACGACAAGCAGCAGGGGAAAGGAGAGUCGAAGAUCCGCGGGAGCUACAGCACGAAGAUCGUGGCGCUGCUGGAGGGGAUCAUGCAGGGAGGGAAAGGAAUCAGCAAGGGGGUGGCGCGCUUCAAGGCCGAUCCCCUCCUCCAGGUGCUGCUGCUGCCCUUCAAGAACGGGUCCAACGGGCUCAACGUGACCGAGGCGACGCACGUGUUCUUGAUCGAACCGCUGCUCAACGUCGCAGUGGAGGACAGCGUGGAAGAGCGAGUGUACGCGAUAGGGCAGAGGAAGAUACACGACAUGGUGCAGGAGGAGGGAGCCGACUCUACCUUCCACCAGGCGCAGGAGGCGGCCAAGAAGCACGAUGUGGUGACGAUCGAGGACGUGCAAGAGCUCUUCGCUGAGGGAGCCCCAGCUGCCUCUUGCGUGGGGCAGGAGGCCAGAGAGAGCUGGUGGCUGCAGCAGGUGGAGUAUAGGGGGCGGAGAGAAACUCGGAGCCAGGUGUCUGCCUACUUGCUCUGUGCAAGGGCAGCAGAGCUGCGGCAGGUGGAGCAGCAGCAGCAGCAGCAGCAGCAGCAGCAGGGGGAGGAGGGCGGGGCCGACAACGAGCACGAGAUGCUGCAUGGCGAGCGUCUGCCCAGAGAUGUAGCGCGGGUGCUGCUUGAGCUGCCGGAGGUCUCGUACCAGGAGAACUGA